AUGAACGUUGUUAAAAGAGACGGACGCGUUGUUCCUGUCCAGUUUGACAAGAUCUCGUCCCGGUUAGAGAAGCUGGCGUACGGGUUGGACACGAAACACGUGCAUCCCUCCGCCAUCACGCAGAGAAUCAUCUCGGGUGUCUACGACGGGGUCACGACAGUCGAGUUGGACAAUUUGGCUGCGGAAACCGCCGCCUACAUGACGACAAUCCACCCAGACUACGCGACGUUGGCGGCCAGAGUGGCGAUCUCGAACCUCCAGAAACAGACGACAAAGAAGUUCUCCGAGGUUGUCGAGCAGUUGUACCGGUACAUCAACCCUAAGAACAACAAGCAUUCGCCUAUGAUCUCGACGAAGACGUACGAGGUCAUCCAGAAAAACGCACACGUCUUGGAUAACGCGAUCCACUACGACCGUGACUUCAACUACAACUACUUUGGUUUCAAGACCCUUGAGAGAUCCUACCUCUUGAGAUUGGACGGCAAGAUCGCCGAAAGACCUCAGCACUUGAUCAUGAGAGUCGCUGUCGGCAUCCACGGCGACGACAUCGACGGCGCCAUCGAGACGUACAACUUGAUGUCCAAGAGAUACUUCACUCACGCUUCUCCAACCUUGUUCAACGCCGGUACCCCGAGAAACCAGAUGUCCUCCUGUUUCUUGGUCGCAAUGCAGGAUGACUCGAUCGAGGGUAUCUACGACACCUUGAAACAGUGUGCUCUGAUCUCCAAGACCGCAGGUGGUAUUGGUUUGCACAUCCACAACAUCAGAGCCACAGGCUCCUACAUCGCAGGUACCAACGGUACCUCCAACGGUAUCAUUCCUAUGAUGCGUGUUUUCAACAACACGGCCAGAUACGUCGACCAAGGUGGUAACAAAAGACCAGGUGCCUUUGCACUCUACCUUGAGCCAUGGCACUCAGACAUCUUCGACUUCAUUGACGUGAGAAAGAACCACGGUAAGGAAGAAAUCAGAGCCAGAGACUUGUUCCCUGCUUUGUGGAUACCUGACUUGUUCAUGAAGAGAGUCGAACAGAACCAGGAAUGGACUCUUUUCUCCCCAAGUGAAGUCCCAGGCUUAUCCGAUGUCUACGGUGACGAGUUCGAAGAGCUGUACACCAAAUACGAAAGAGAAAACAGAGGCAGAAAGACCAUUAAGGCCCAAAAGUUGUGGUACUCGAUCUUGGAAGCCCAGACUGAAACCGGUACUCCUUUCAUGCUCUACAAGGACGCGUGCAACACCAAAUCCAACCAACAGAACUUGGGUAUGAUCAAAUCUUCCAACUUGUGUUGUGAGAUUGUCGAGUAUUCCUCCAACGAUGAAGUUGCCGUCUGUAACUUGGCUUCCGUUGCCUUGCCAGCUUUUGUCGAGAGCGAUGAACAUACUUCCUGGUACAACUUUGAGAAAUUGCACGAGAUCGCCAAGGUUGUGGCCAAAAACUUGAACAAGAUCAUCGAUGUCAACUACUAUCCUGUUCCAGAGGCACGUAGAUCUAACAUGAGAAACAGACCUAUUGCUGUCGGCGUCCAAGGUUUGGCCGACGCUUUCAUGCUCCUCAGAUUGCCUUUCGACUCCCCAGAGGCAAAGGAGUUGAACAUCCAGAUUUUCGAAACCAUCUACCACGCUGCACUUGAAGCAUCUGUCGAGUUGGCAAUCAAGGAAGGUGUCUACGAGACCUACGAGGGCUCACCAGCUUCGCAAGGUGUGCUCCAGUUCGACCUCUGGGGUAAGAAGCCUACCGACCUUUGGGACUGGGAUUCCUUGAAGGAGAAGAUCAGAGCCCAUGGUUUGAGAAACUCCUUGUUGGUUGCCCCAAUGCCUACUGCCUCGACCUCGCAGAUUCUUGGCUACAACGAGUGUUUCGAGCCAUACACCUCGAACAUCUACUCCAGAAGAGUCUUGGCCGGCGAGUUCCAGAUCGUGAACCCAUACAUGUUGAGAGACUUGGUUGAGAUGGGACUGUGGAACGACGCCAUGAAGAAUCACAUCAUCUCCGACAACGGUUCCAUCCAGAACCUUCCAAACAUCCCACAGGAAAUCAAGGACUUGUACAAGACGGUUUGGGAGAUCCCACAGAAGGCCAUCAUCGAUAUGGCUGCCGACAGAGGUGCGUACAUCGACCAGUCGCAAUCCAUGAACAUCCACUUGAAGAACCCAACCAUGGGCAAGUUGACCUCGAUGCAUUUCUACGGCUGGAAGAAGGGGUUGAAGACCGGUAUGUACUAUCUCAGAACCCAAGCUGCCGCCGCCGCCAUCCAAUUUACAGUUGAUCAGAACUCUGCCCAAAGCGCAGGUUCGACAGAGGCCAUCUUGAGCAAAAUCAACAUCAAGAAGUACGUUCCACGAAAGCUCUCCAAGGUGCAGGACGUCGAAGCCGUUGUGCCUGCCAAGCCUGCCAGCAUGCGUGAGGAGUUCAACAAGCUCAAGCUCGACGACGAGGUGCCACCGAUCCCGGUCACCGUCUCCUCCCCAGCCACGACCGCUAGCACGACCGACUCCUCCAACGAGGAGAUCGCUGAAGUCGAUAUCUUCAACUCCAAGGUCAUUGCCUGUGCCAUCGACAACCCAGAAGCAUGUACCAUGUGUUCCGGUUAG